CAAAAAAGUAUCAGGAGUUGUCAAGGCAGAGAGAGAGAGUGUGUGUGUUUGCAAAAGGGGGUAAAGUAGUUUGCUGGCUCUUUAAGACCGAGGUGGAGAGAGAGAGAGAGGGAGAGAGAGAGAGAGAGAGAGAGAGAGAGAGAGCGGCAGGCAGAGAAAAGGGAAAAAGGAGGAAGAAGUUUUUUAAAAUCAAGACUCCGGCGGUAAUAAUAGUAGUUAUUAGCAUUAUUAAUCCAUCAGCGAAGAAGAAGAUCCUGAUCUUGAUCCAAGUGUGGUUUUGGGGAGUCCCCCUCCCCCCUUUCCUACCCCUCCCUAGGAAGAAAAAAAAAAAAAGUCCGGCUUGGGACUCCGCAGCGGCUGCUCCUCGUUUCUCUGCUCAAGGCUGGUUCCAGCAAAAGUAGUUUGAAUGUACAACAUGAUGGAAACCGAGCUGAAACCUCCCGCCCCCCAGCAAACUUCGGGGGGAGGCACAGGCAACUCCAACUCGGCCGCCAACAACCAGAAGAACAGCCCGGACCGGGUCAAGCGCCCGAUGAACGCGUUCAUGGUGUGGUCCCGCGGGCAGCGGCGGAAAAUGGCCCAGGAGAACCCGAAGAUGCACAACUCCGAGAUCAGCAAGCGGCUCGGGGCGGAGUGGAAACUUUUAUCCGAGGCGGAAAAGAGACCCUUCAUUGAUGAAGCCAAGCGGCUCAGAGCUCUGCACAUGAAGGAGCACCCGGAUUAUAAAUACCGACCCCGGAGGAAAACCAAGACCCUCAUGAAGAAGGAUAAGUACACGUUGCCGGGGGGCUUACUGGCACCGGGCACCAAUACCAUGACGACUGGGGUAGGGGUUGGGGCCACCUUGGGAGCUGGGGUGAACCAGAGGAUGGACAGUUACGCGCACAUGAACGGCUGGACCAACGGAGGCUAUGGGAUGAUGCAAGAGCAGCUCGGCUACCCGCAGCACCCUGGCUUGAACGCGCACAACGCGGCGCAGAUGCAGCCCAUGCACCGCUACGACGUGAGCGCCCUGCAGUACAACUCCAUGACCAGCUCGCAGACUUACAUGAACGGAUCGCCUACCUACAGCAUGUCCUACUCCCAGCAAGGGACCCCGGGCAUGGCCCUGGGCUCCAUGGGCUCGGUGGUCAAGACGGAAUCCAGCUCCAGUCCCCCCGUAGUCACUUCCUCGUCUCAUUCAAGGGCUCCUUGCCAAGCUGGGGACCUUCGGGACAUGAUCAGCAUGUAUCUACCAGGUGCUGAAGUACCAGAACCAGCUGCCCCAAGCAGACUUCAUAUGUCCCAACACUACCAGAGUGCACCUGUUCCUGGCACAGCCAUUAAUGGCACACUCCCUCUAUCACAUAUGUAA